GCCGAGCCAUGAGGCUGUGUCCAGUGCCUCCGCCCCCUCUAGCCUCUUGGCCGGGGCUGGCCUCUCGCCGACCGAUGUGAUGCCACUCUACCCCGCCAGUCUCGAGAGCUCUACAUUUUGAAGAGCUAUCUAUCUCAAACCCAGGUUUCUGGAUAAUUUCGACUUCAAGAAUCUCAUCUUCUCAUACUUGAUCAGCCUCGAUCUUUAUUCAGAUGGCGCUUGCCGACCGUCCAGGCGAGCUGGACUGGACCGGUCCGGGCCCCAAAGAACUCGUCCGAGCCGCAACGUUCAUCAGCGAAGAAGGCCAGGACAUCCACGAUGGCCUUGGCGGUUCAUCACAGUUUGACCUCGAGCGCGCUGCUUUCGUACACUUCCGACCGUAUUUACAACUAGAACAAGAAUUGCGCCUCUGCCUACCGACAACCCUGCGCAUCGAGGCAGAAGAGACUACAAGCUGGGAAGAUAUGCUUGAACAGGUCCAGAAGAUGGAGAGGACGUAUCGCGGUCGGAAGAGCGGCUUCUGGCACUCGAUCUGGCACAAGGCUGGCGAGAACAGGGGUGAGAUUGAGGGGUGGGUUGUCCUUAUUCCGGAUACGUGUGGGCUUGCUGUUGUAAAGGUGGGAUUGGCGGUUGUGUUUAAGCUAGCGGAGCAUUCUGCAGAGAAAUGCAGAAAGAUCUCGGAUACCUUUGAGGCGCUGCGAGACGUGCUCGACGGCGUGGACCCAAAACGUACAAGUUUCAGCACGAACAAGAAGGUUAGAGAAAGUGGUGACCAGCUGUAUCAGGGUAUAGUGGACGUCAUCAGGGACAUGAUCGUGCUGCUGUCGCCAGAGAAACCUGAAAGGCCGGAUGAAGAUGGCACGACGAAGAGACGAUUCAACCUCAUCAAACGACGGCCAAAACGUCCAGACCCCGAAGAGAUCCUUCAACGAUUACAGCAGCAAAUCAAAGACUUCCAGCGUGCGCUCGGCAUUGCGCGAGACAAGGCCAUCGAAAACACCGAAGCCAUGACGCAGGCUAACGGAGCGCAAACCUACUUAGCUCGACGGGAUUUGAAAGUUACCAAAGACAAUACAGAAGGGUUGAAAACAAGUAUGAAGGAGCAUGGUGGUAAGCUCACCAAAAUGGAUGGCCGUUUGGGCGAGAUGCAUAGGGACGUGGGACAUAUUGCCUCACAUGGCAACAAGGCUGCGAAAGAGAUGAGGAGGAUGAGAGAGAAUACUAAGAGGACGGAUCAACGAAUUGCGAAUAUCGAAAACAUGGUAUCCAGGGCUCUAGGGCAGAGGAAUGCGAUCGCUGAACGGGAGAUGGCCCUACAGGAUGACCAGCUAGAAAGUAGGAAUGGAGUGCUAGCCCUGCUUAUGGAGCAGCAAAGGAACAUCGCCAUACUACAGCAACGCCUCUCUCGGCAGCAGAAGCGCGGGGCAGUCGUCAGCCGGGACCGAUUCUGUCAGAUCCUGGCACAACCACGCUGGAUGGAUGGAGAGCCCUCAGACUUAGAACACAUGUUCCAACAUCCGAACACCGAUCUAGAACAAGCGCUUCUACAGAAAGGCAGAUUCAAGCCAAGCGUCCAAGGCCAGGUCCAAUCCCUUCUACGACACAAGCGACUCCCCGAAUGGCUGAACCCUCACGCUCCCGACCUGCUCCUCGUCGACGCCAACCUCCGCUCGGGCGGGCUUGAGCGUCUCUCAGCCGUAUCAGUCUUCUGCGCAACGUUCAUCACCGGGAUGAUCAAAGUCCGACCAGAAGACGUCAUCGUCCACUUCUUCUGCGGCCAGCACCUCGCCCCACGAGACCCCUGGAACGGCCCCAACGGCCUCGUCCGCUCCCUCAUCAUGCAACUACUCAUGAACCUCGUCGACAUGCAGCGCCUGAGCUUGGAUUUCAUUGACGACCGCGGUUUUCUCUCCGAGCUCGAGGACCACGACCUCCCCGCCCUCUGCGACGCACUCUACUACAUCGUCUCGCAGUUCCCAGCAGAUACAAUGGUCUACGUCAUAAUCGACCAUAUCUCGGCCUUUGACACGGAAUCCCUCUUCGCGGAUCUAACACUCGUCCUAGAAUAUCUACGGGACAUGGUGGAAGACGCGAACCUCGUUCCGGUCUUCAAGGUCCUCCUGACGAAUCCGAUGCAGAGUACCCGGCGGAUGAAGGAGCUGUCGAUGUUUGAUGAACAGUAUCGGAUUGUCACGUUGUCGCCUAUGAACUCUGUCCCACUGCAGAUUAAUAGUUUGGCUGUUGAGAAUCAGCUUCUGAGGCCUGCGACGCCGACGCCGUCGUUGUCGAGCGGGGGGAGGUCGAGGGCUGGGAGUACGACCAGCUUUUAGAGCGGAUAUGGCUGCAACCAGAUUGAGAGAGGCGAUCUUCCAUCGAUCUAAAUUAAAGACCGCAGCCAUAUGCCCGGCGCAAUGUUUCAACAGCAAAACAUGGGACUCUUGACUCUCUCUUCUACAAAUGCUUGCCCCCAACCUUGGCGGGAUCCCGCGACAGAGCAGGCACUGAGCUUAUGGCAUCACGAUGCUGAUCCAGCGGCCCAGCUUACCAUGCUUGAGCGGGGAUCAACGCAACAGGUGCUGUCAUCGCUGCCGCUUUCCAGCAGCAGGUCCCAUAUACCUCCUUUGAAUGCUGCACGGCCCGUAUCAGAUUUGGAAGAGCAACCACACUACGGGUCGUGGAUUCUGGAGGACUUGCCUACCUAUGUGCUGAAAAUUCCAUGUUGACUACAUGAUAGAAAUGCUGUCCAUGGACUUGCCGAACAGGUGUUGCCAAGCCAAUGUAAUUUAUCCGGAUGGCAUCCAAGACCCAGCCUGGACUCCGCACAAUCAUGUGGGCCAAUUUCACGACUCUAUUGUUAAUCGGACUUGACUUGCUCAACCCAGAUUGGGAGUCCAACCUCACAACCGGCCAGGGACAAGGUGAAGGUCGUUUCUCAGAACACCUCAAUAUGUAUACCACCAACACCAACUCAAUACAACGGAGACACCGUUAUAUAUGUACCAUAACAGAAUGCCAAAUCAAGGUCCUUUGGCAUCUAUACACUCAAACCAUUAUGCGCGUACGUGCCGUGCUGUACUAUCGGGUUUUGACAUAUCACAAGAAGCAACUCGCCUCAACUCUAGUGUGCUCUGCAACAGGCUCUCAUUCGACAAGCCUGCCUGCCUAACUACGUGAAAAUAAAAACUAGAGAUAGUCUAGACACUAAUCAAAGUGGACAACCUCGAAACGUUUCUACUCAUGCAGUGCGGCUCAAGGAGUAGAUACGGAAUCCCUAUACGCAUAACAGGCUGCGGGGACGAUCAUUGUGGCGGAUGCUUGGGCGGGCCACGGAUCCGCAGAGGAGCUUGAGGCCAUGACCAAACUACGCGCCAGAGGGGGUGAAGCUGCAU